ACAGAAAUAGCAUGAAAGCCUGAAACCCAUUCGAUUUUCUCCAAGCAUUUUUAUUUAGUUUCAUAUUACUAUAUUCAGUAUUCUUCACAGCUCACAUUUUACUGUUUUUUUCAUAUUCAGUUACAUUCAGAAUAGAUUCAUUUGUCAAAGACUCAAAGGAUCAACCGCAAUCGCGAAAUUCUAUUUGAAAUCAAGAUUCACAAUGCCAAAAAUCUGGGAAAGCUUUAGUUUAAAGAUAAGACUUGUUUUAAAGUUUGCUUUUACAUUCUUUGAUCUAAUUAUAGUUGAGUUUCCCUAUACAAAAAAAUCUUCUUUGUAGUCAUGGAAAUCUGGGGUUAAAUACUUAUAUAUACAACACAGUAUAUAUAAGAAUUUCUGGAAUAAAAGAAUCUUGUUUCUUCCUAGCAUCUUUUUUGAUGAAUACAGUAUGGAUUCUACUCAAGAGAGUUCCAGUAUUGAGGUAGAAGAUGGGCGACCAGGUCUUGUGAAACGACUGGGCAUGGGCAACUCUUCUCCUGGAUUUGAGAGCAAGAAUGCUUGGAACAAACCAGCAGUUGGUGAUGAAAAUGAGUUGAGCAUAGAACAGAUAUUUGACAGCAAAAAGGUCCCCUUAUGGUGGGAGCAGAUCACUAUUAGGGGGCUGUUUGCCAGUAUGGUGAUUGGUAUCCUGCUUAGUAUAAUCGUCAUGAAGUUCAAUCUCACAACAGGGGUUAUCCCUUCUCUUAAUGUUUCUGCUGGAUUGCUGGGUUUCUUUUUUAUCAAAACAUGGACCAAGAUUUUGGAAAAGGCUGGAUUGCUCAUAACCCCAUUUACCAGGCAAGAGAACACUGUAAUUCAGACUUGUGUGGUAGCUUGCACUGGUAUUGCAUUUAGUGGAGGAUUUGGAUCAUACAUGUUCGCUAUGAGCAGCAAGGUUGCUUCCCAAGUGGGCAAUGCUUCACCAGGGUUUGAUGCGAAAGACAUUAAGAACCCAGAACUCAGUUGGAUGAUUGGGUAUCUAUUUGUAGUGAGUUUUACAGGCCUGUUUAGCGUGGUGUCCCUCAGGAAGGUAAUAGAAUCAAUUUAUUGUUAUCAAAAAAGGAAUCCUACAUUUAAUACACAUUUACCAUUGAUUUUUAUUUUAUUCAAUUUGUUGCAGAUAAUGAUUAUUGACUACAAGUUAACUUAUCCAAGUGGAACUGCAACAGCUGUACUUAUUAAUGGAUUCCACACACCUCAAGGUGCAAAAGUUGCAAGGAAACAGGUGUUAUAUCUGGGAAAAUUCUUUGUAGCAUCUUUCUUAUGGGGCUUUUUCCAGUGGUUCUACAAAGCUGGUGAUGGCUGUGGCUUUGAAAAUUUUCCCACCUUAGGAUUGCAAGCUUAUGCAAAUAAAUUCUACUUUGACUUUAGUACAUCAUACAUUGGGGCUGGAAUGAUUUGCCCGCACCUGGUAAAUGUAUCAUUGCUGGUGGGGUCAAUCAUUUCCUAUGGUAUCAUGUGGCCUCUCAUAGAGAAGCGUGAGGGAGAUUGGUACCCUGCAAAUCUGCCGGAGAAUAAUUCCCUGCAUGGCCUCACUGGGUACAAGGUCUUCAUAUCGAUUUCUCUUAUAUUAGGAGAUGGGCUCUACAACUUUGUAAAGGUUAUGUUCGUUACCUUCAGAUCCAUGUAUGGUGAAUGGAAGAAGAAGAAGAAGAAUGAGAGCAAUCAACUCCAAGCACUUGAUGCAGAUAUAACAUACGAUGAGCAGAGGCGCACUGAGAUCUUCAUCAAAGAUGCUAUACCUUGGUGGAUGGCAGUCUGUGGGUAUGUAGGGCUUUCUGUCAUAUCCAUGGGGGUCAUCCCAACAAUUUUCCCUCCUAUGAAAUGGUACUAUAUACUAGUAGCCUACAUCAUUGCUCCUGUGUUGGCAUUUUGCAAUGCAUAUGGGUGUGGGUUAACUGAUUGGAGUUUGGCCUCCAAUUAUGGCAAAUUAGCAAUAUUUAUCUUUGGAGCAUGGGCAGGAAAGGGCAAUGGCGGUGUGCUUGCAGGAUUAGCUUCAUGUGGGGUGAUGCUGUCUAUUGUGAGUACUGCUUCAGAUCUGUCACAGGAUUUCAAGACUGGAUAUUUGACUCUCUCAUCUCCAAGAUCCAUGUUUGUGAGCCAAGUGUUGGGGACUGCAAUGGGGUGCAUUAUAGGGCCCUGCACUUUCUGGCUUUUCUACAAGGCUUUCGAUGUGGGGGCCAAAAAUGGAGAAUACAGUGCCCCUUUUGGAGAAUUAUACAGAGGAAUGGCCAUCUUAGGAGUGGAAGGAUUUUCUUCUCUGCCUCAUAACUGCCUCAAAAUAUGCUAUGGGUUUUUUGCAUUCGCCAUAGCAAUCAAUAUCAUUAGAGACAGAGUACCAAGAAGGGUUUGUCAGUACAUUCCCUUACCAAUGGCCAUGGCUAUUCCAUUCUACUUGGGAGGAUACUUUGCCAUUGAUAUGUUCGUGGGGACUGUUAUUGUGUUUAUUUGGCAAAGUUGCAAUCGUAAAUCUGCCGAUGUCUACGUUCCUGCAGUUGCCUCUGGUCUUCUCUGUGGAGGUGGAAUAUGGAGUCUGCCUGAAUCAAUCUUAGCUCUUGCAAAAGUUAAACCUCCCAUCUGCAUGAAAUUUUUGUCAAGGACGAGUAACAUUAAGGUAGAUGAUUUUCUGAACACCUAAAAAUGUUGUUUUGAGUGCCAGAUACUACUGGGCCUAUGUUAAGUUUGGAGAAAGUCCAUAGAAAGAUGAUGUGGUUAGACUAGUUGGCUUCUAUACAAAUUUGUUUAUAGCCAGUAAAAUGAAUUUUAUAGUUUGAAGAGUAGAAUCAUUUCUUUAUAAUCUUGAAAUUG